CUUGAAAAUUGUAUAAAAUUAGGAAUUCAUGACAAAAACACGCGUAGAUCAGUGUAAUUAGUAUGAAUUUGUCAUGUUUUUCUAAAUUUAAACAGUUUUCAAGAGUAUUUUUAAUGCUUAUAUGUAGCCCUAAGAGCUAUGUAUAACAUUUUCCUAAAAAAAAUACGAGUAAUAGUGUACAAUAAUAUUUUAAAAGAAACUCGAAUAACCAUAUACCCUUCUCAAAUUCUCAACAAACCCACAACAAAUCCAGAAAAUGACAGAUCCCAUCAACACCCUCCACCUUCCACCACCGGAAUACACCGCCUCGGACGAUCCCCUAACCAACCUCACAGCGAUCCGCAACCGAGUCGACUCACUGAGUCACAUCCUAUCCAACUCGGUCAACGGCACCGCCCCCAUCUCAAUAAACCAAUCAAACUCAAUCUCUGCCGAGCUAUCCUCCGCCAUCCACGCCGUCGUCAUCAACGGCGCCGCCCUCCUCACCACCUCAUCCUCCUCAACCCACGUGGACGGCGACGAUCUUGAGAUCGUGGAGCUAGACGUGAUGGAAUUAACGGCUGAGCACUCCCACACGUGUCAAGUUUGCGGGAAAGGAUUCAAGCGAGACGCCAACCUACGGAUGCAUAUGCGAGCUCAUGGUGACAAGUACAAGACCAUGGAGUCUUUAUCGAAGCCAGAUAAACACAAACACUCCGACAUUUAUGGUCGGAAUACGAGGUUCUCAUGUCCAUAUGCCGGGUGUAUCAGGAACAAAAGACACCAGGAGUUCAGACCGUUGAAAUCGGUUAUUUGUGUCAAGAAUCAUUUUAAGAGGAGUCAUUGUCCCAAGAAGUUUCCGUGUCUUGGGUGUAAGAAGAAGCAGUUUUCGGUGUUGGCGGAUUUGAAGUGUCAUAUGAAAAACUGUGUAGCGGCGACAGCGGUGGUGGUGGCGGAAGAGGAGAGUUGUAAGUGUUCGUGUGGGAGGAUGUUUUCGCGAAAAGAUGAGUUGUUUGAGCAUAUGUCAUUGUUUGAAGGGCAUAUGCCAGUUGCUGAAGAUGAUAAUAAGUUUGAUGUUGUAGAGGAAGAACAGGAUGAUUUCGGAUUCGGAUUGAUUGAGGGUGAUCAAUGUUUGCAAGAUAUGGAUUAUUUGUGGUCUUCAUAUGAGAAAGAGUUGCUCCAUUUUUAAUGAUUUUGUUGUGUUACUCCUAUUUUUCACUAUGUUUUGUUCUGUUUUUAUGAUUGUUCAAAUUAUAGUUACACUUAUUUUCCCUCCUUCCAUUCUAUAAUCAAUGGAAUUGAAAUUAUUUUUAUUUA